AUGAAGGACCCUCGAGGAAGAACGUGCCCACCGGCCAGCCCUUGUCCCGACCCGACUCUGGACUGCCAACCCGACGAGCGCACCAGGAGGGCCUCUCACGUCUGGAAGUUGCUCACCCUUUUCGUCGCCCUCCCAUGGGUGGUCGUCUCGUCGGCCCUCAUCCUGACGGCGUCUGCCGAGGAAGAGAGAAAACCUAGACCGGAGUUCAUCCCUUACGAGUACAUGUACCGGCGCACCACGCCAUUUCCGUGGGGCGACGGCAACCACUCGUUGUUCCACAAUCCCGUGAGGAACGCCCUGCCGGACGGCUACGAAGUCGACGAUCCGUACGCCGUAAAGGACGCCGACAAAGAGUAGAGGUGCCGCGUUUCCUCCGACCGCUUGCGGAAGGGCCGCACGUAAAUAAAGCCGCUCUCCCGUCAAACGAGGCGCGCCCGGCCGAUCGCCCUUUCUGAAUUUAGAUCGAUCCUUCAAAGGACGUCGUCCGUCGACGCCCCCUCGGGAUCGUUUUACAUGGACCCGCUCGAGGAGAGAUCGUCGUCUUUAUCGGAAGGAAAUGGCACUUUCCGAGACGAGGACGAAGCUGUUGCGACAAAUCCGACCGGAGUUACACCCCGAAGAAUGGAGGCGAGCGUACGGCUUCGGUCGUAACGCGGAAAUGAAGGGGCACCAGAAUUAGUUUGCGGUGGGUCGGUAAAUUAACCUCCGAUUGGCAAAUCCUUCCGGAAGAAGACCAGGACGAGACUCGGGCGUUUCCAUCCUCUGCCGAUUUUUGGCAAGGGGGACCACGCCGGUCGUUCCCGUAAUUGGAAUAAAAAGUGCGAAUAA